AUGGGGAUGGCCAAGCUGCGACUGCUGUGCGCCGCCGUGGCACUGCUGUGUGCGGCCCCGCCGGGGCAGCCCGGAGCCGUGCCCCCCGCGGGAGAGGGGGACGGCUACGGGGUGAAGCUGUGCGGCCGCGAGUUCAUCCGCGCCGUCAUCUUCACCUGCGGAGGGUCCCGCUGGAAGCGGCUCUCCCUGCUGGCGGUGGAGCCGGCGCCCGCGGCCGAUUCUGCACAAACAGCAAGUAACAAACUACUGGGAAGCUUCAACCUGCAAUCAGUUUUGGAUCCUGAAGCAGAGCAGCUGCAGAAAAGCAGCCCAUUUCUUGGAUGGGAAACAUUUAAGGACUUGUAUAGUUUAAAUUACUAUAAUGAAUAUGUACCUUUGGCAGGCGACUUAAAAAAACUUGUUCGCCAGGUAGAGGAAGCUGUUCAGAAGGACAGGGGGGGAACAGAAAAUGCAAAUCCCAUGGAAUUAAGCAGCUACAUUUGGGCCAGGUAUCCCAGAAGAAAACGGGAGUCUCUGGGUUUGGCAGGAAUGUGUUGCAAAUGGGGCUGUACAAAAGCUGAAAUUAGUACUAUAUGCAGAGUUUAA